UGCAGAUAAAGUUGAUAUACCAGCCUAGCCAUACUACAUUGCAACAAAUGUAGAUAUAAAAAUUCAAAUAUAUUUAUAAAGAGAGAUUUUUCAAUCGGUCCAUUUACAACGACAUUUCGAUUAUAAUUGGGUAUUUAAUAGAAAGUUCGAGUUUACUCGUGCGCUCCUGUUUUGUUAUAUGACUGGGGACUGAUUCACUGCAGCGGCAUCAAAACACAUGACAGCACAUCAUGCCGAGAGUCCCGAUCAGCUGCUCGUUAUAUGGGAUCAUUAAAGACCGAGGUUUUCUUUAGAGUGUAGAGAAUGCUGAUGAGGAUGGUGAGAAGAAAGAGGAAGAUUUCCAGAUGCCGACACAGCAGUGGGCAAUCGUUCCAUCACUGAUUCUUGCGCUGGAAGGGUAAACAUUUUUGACUGUCCAUUUCUUAAUCUCAGCAGUCAAACCUCAUGGACCACAGAGCUCAAAGAGACAAGAGCAGGGCAAGCUACUUUGGGAAUGUUAAGAACAGAUUGGGAUCAAAGCUGCCGGCUGGAAUUUCGCAGCCUCCAGACUUUAUUACUGCUCAGUGUUCCAUUGGCGCUCAGGGUGCACUGGGGAAAAGUGUUGGGCAGGAGUGUGUUAAAGGACAUCAUCAAAUCCGGAACCCCAAAUUAAGACAGUACUAUCUAAAGGAGGCGGCGUUUCCAGCUAAAGAUCCAACAACGAAGACUUUGGAGUCAUACAGAAACAGUGAACAUGGAUUACCCAGGAACAAGCCCUCAACUUCUGUGGAAGCGGCUUCUGACCUGCGACCUAGACAAGACCACAGCCUGGAACAUUUACUUGACAUUGGUGUUGUGGGAACAGCGACUCUUGUGUCUCCUUCCACAGAUGCAGAAUAUGACAAGCUGAUGGAUGUGGAGGCGGUUCCUUUACCUGAUGGAAAUGUAUGUCUAUUGGCUCUCCCACCUGAAUGCUCUCAGGGGGAGGGGCCAGCCGGCAUGUUUUGCCUCAAACUAUUCUCUCGUUACAUAACGGACAGAAAGGGUGUGGUCUCUGGAAUAUUGCUGGUGACGUCCAAUAAGAUCUUCUUUGACCCUCAGAAGUCUCACCCACUGGUUCAGGAGAAUGGCUGUGAAGAAUAUGUAUUCUCCUGCUCUGUGGAUGAUCUUGCCUCAGUGUCCUUCUACAAAGACAUCUCUCAUAUUCACUUCAGCAAAACAACAUACAGGUUUAAAAAUUGUAAGACAUCAAAGAGCAAAAAAGAGCACAAGAAAUCCUGUCAGUCUGCAUUAGAGGCCGUUCCUGCUCCCAAGUCCUCUGCUUCACAUGAUCCGACAGCUACUCUGUGUGCAAAUCCUGAGGAAGAGAAUGAGGAAGGUGGAGAGGCAGGUGACAUGGCCGAAGCUGAGAGACAGCUGACUUUGGAGUCCGGGGGAAUGCUAACAGCAGCUGCUACUUUCUGUUGUGGAGGACCAGACAGCGUUCAGAGAGGAAACAAAGAAUAUGAACACACAGACAAAACCGAACAGCAAUCAUAUUUGGAAAGACAACUGUUAGGUACUUGUGCGGCUACAUCUAGUAGUGGUGUAAACGGAUCUCUCAUGUUUGUGAGAAUUCGACAGAAACUUCAGCAUGCAAAGAAAAGGGCUUUCUCUAAACCUAAAAUUCUCUCCAGAGACGCUUGGUUUACCAUGCAGCAGGAAAGGUCAGAUGAGCUUUAUGCUUACCUGAGCCAGCAUCGGCCAGAUGUGUGCAUUCUGGAAGGAGGUGAAGAAGACGAAGCAGAGCGUGAUGAAGAGGAUUUUGUGCUUCUGGAUGAGGAGGAGCAGGAGGAAGAGGAGGGGUCUCCACGAGAGGGCCAGCCCGGGGAGGACUGGGAGAUGGUGUCAGUGGAGGAGAGUGGGCCGAAACCUUCUGUCUCUACUGAACCAGAAGGUUUGAGUCACAUUCUAAACCAGAGUGUCAUACUGGACGCCCAACAAGUUAUGGAGAUCUCGAAAGAGCUGCCGCCUCGUACAAUCGGACACACGUGGCAGCUGUCCUACAGCACGGACAAACACGGGGCCAGUCUCAAGACUCUUUACAGGAAACUCAGCACUACCGAUUCGCCUGUGCUGAUUCUCAUCAAGGACCACAACCAGCAGGUUUUUGGAAGCUUCCUCUCACAUCCGCUGCAUCCCAGUGAUGCAUUUUAUGGCACUGGAGAGACCUUCCUGUUCCUGUCUCACCCACGCUUUAAGUGUUUCCGUUGGACUGGAGAAAACUCUUUUUUUAUCAAGGGAGAUUUGGACUCUUUUGCCAUUGGAGGAGGAAGUGGUCACUUUGGUUUGUGGGUGGACGAGAGGUUGUUCUUGGGCAGAAGCAGCCCCUGUUUCACCUUUAAUAACUGCAGCCUGUCUGAGACAAACGACUUCACGAUUCUGGAGUUGGAGGCCUGGACAUUUGGUUGAGACAACUAGAAUUGAAAAUAAUCCAAAACUUCAUGAUUUAGUGGAAAUAUGGCCAUUAACAGAUAAACUAAUUCUCCAGAGUUUACUGACACCUUUAAAUCAAAGGAAGGAGACACUGCGAACUGUGAAUGGUGAAUAUUCUGUCAGAAGAGAAUGAAAGCUCACCUAACAUCUUUACCACCAUGAUGAAGAAAACCUGUUUUGUCUUGUGAUUAAGAUGCGUUUGGGUCCAGUUCAUUAUUUGAAUGUGCUCUCUUCCUCAUACAAGAAAUAAUGUUGUUGUCUUUACGUGAAUUCUGGGACAGAAUGGAGGACUGUCUGCCCAAAUAACAUCAUCUGAGCAGUAUGUGUUUGUACUGGUAAGGUUGAUCACGGAUCCUGCAUCAUUACUGCAGCUCUGGUUACCGCUUGAAUAUUAUUGUGUUGAGGAAAUUUUUUUUUAUCCGUGUUAAAUAAGCAACGCCCUGACUAAAUACCACUGAUUGAAGCCUCAUCAGCUGUUAUUCAGUACAGCAUCGGCUAUAAACACUGGUUUAGGCAUUAGUUUAAACCCACAGAUGUACUUUUACACAUGGAAAAGGUUAUUCAACACUCAAGCCAAAACAAAA